UUGAUUUCAAUUUGCUAAUGAAAUCUUAACGUUCGGUUGCAAAUUAGUACAAAAUUAUAUUAUUAUCAUACAAAUGUCAUAAUAAACAUAACCUAUAAGAAGUUUGAAAUAAUCGGCGCUGAGAUUAAGUAUUAAUAUAAUGUAUUCGGUGCUGCAAAAGAAAGAUUCAGCACAUGAAGAUAGCAUUUGGAGUUGUGCUUGGGGUAGGAACACAAAGGUUAAAGAGAAACAAGCUGAGGACGAUAAGAAAGAUGCUGAGGAUGAUUUUGAAGAUUACAUAGUAACAGGAGGUUUAGAUGAUUUGGUCAAAGUGUGGAGUCUUAAAGAUGAUAAGGUGUCUUUGAAACAUAACUUGGAAGGACAUUCAUUAGGCGUUGUUUCAGUUGCUAUUAGCAAUAAUGGAAAAUUGUGUGUUUCGAGCUCUUUGGAUUCUAGUAUGCGUAUUUGGGAUUUGGAGAAGGGUGAGAAAAUCUCCAAUAUUGAGGAAGGACCCGUGGAUCUAUGGACAGUCGCUUUCAGUCCCGACGAUAAAUUCAUUAUUUCCGGAUCGCACGCUGGAAAGAUUACACUGUACAGCGUGGAAAAUGCUAAGGCUGACCAGACUUAUGAUACCAGAGGGAAAUUUUCGCUUAGCAUAGCAUAUAGCCCGGAUGGGAAGUACAUUGCGAGCGGUGCUAUUGAUGGCAUCAUCAACAUCUUCGAUGUGGCAUCCAGCAAAUUGUGUCAUACUUUGGAGGGACACGCUAUGCCCAUCAGAUCUCUUUGUUUCUCGCCUGACUCUCAGUUCCUUUUGACCGCUUCAGACGAUGGACAUAUGAAGUUAUACGACGUGCAACAUGCUAACGUUGUUGGUACUCUAUCUGGCCAUGCUUCCUGGGUGCUGAGUGUCGCCUUCUCUCCUGAUGGUUUGCACUUCGUCUCUGGUAGCUCUGAUAAGACUGUUAAGGUGUGGGAAGUUAGUACGAAACAGUGCAUCCACACUUUUCAUGAACACAACGAUCAGGUGUGGGGUGUAAAGUUCAGUCCAGACAACACGAAGAUUAUGUCCGUUUCAGAGGACAAAGGCAUGAACAUCUACAGUUGUCCAAUUUGAAUAAAAUAUUUUACCAUGUUUAUAAUUUCCGAUUUUUUAUAAAUAAAAUAAGCGAAUAUAUUGUAUUACUUGUUUAACACAUUAUGUCUUUCAAUGCAAUUUAAUAUAGAUU